UUCUCCACCCCAUUAGGGAUUCCCCAAUGGGGAAUAAACGAGGAUGGAGGCGGGGAGAGGGGAGCACUCCCCACUAAUUCCCCGCCCCGUAUGCAUCACUAACUCUAACCCAAAAAAUAAUAAUUGUGUUAAAUCAACACUAGACUAGACAUCAUAUGUACGAUAGCUUUUAGAGUUCCGUUGAAUUCAUUUUUGUGUGAUUUUAACAUAAAUAUUGUGUUUUAGUGUCUGGUUGGAGAAUCCCUAAGGGAAAUUUCACUUUUUAUCUCUAAUAAUACCUAAUAUUACCAAAAAAUCCCAACAUUAAUAAUAUUUUCAAAUUAAUGCUAAGCUUUUCCCUCAUAUCGAAAAUACCCUUCCCAUUCAAUCUCAGCCUUCUCUCUCUCAGUCUCGGUUUCUCUCUCUUUCAGUCUCACAAAAAUCCCCCAAAAACCAUCGAACCCCCACCUCCGUCGAGCCGUCGAGCCGCCAUCUCCGUCGAGCCGUCGAGCCCGCAUCUCCGUCGAGCUCCCACCUUCUCCGUCGAGCCCCCACCUUCUCCCAUUUCUCCGGCGAUCUCGAGCCCACUGCAAACUCCCAUUUUUCUGUCAAACCCGAGACCCACGGAGCAUAUUUCCUUCAAAGUUUAAAAAACUAAGAUGCCUAAGUUGCUUGUUCCGUUCAGUGAUCACUUUCCUGGUCGAGUGACAUAUCGGGGUAGUAGUACUUUAAAUCACAUCAAGACCAGGUUUUUGGAGCUCGGGCUGCUUGAAAGGGCUAAGGAAUCCCCUUUUAAGCAAUUCUUUUUGGCUUCGGAGUUUAAUUUCUCCGGAGUCUUGGUGCAUCAACUGUUGCUGAGGAAAAUCGCCAGCAACAACGAAGAUGAAGUGCAUUUUUUCUUGGGGUCGAAGUCUUGUAGAUUCGGCAUGGGAGAGUUUGCCCUGGUGACGGGGUUGGAUUUCAGUGCCUUCCCGUCACCAGAAGAGUUGGAAGGGCGUAAUCUCAGCGAUCGGUUGAUAAAGGAGUAUUUCAACGAUGCUGAGAAAGUAAAGCUGCCACAGGUGGACCAUGCUUUCAAGACUUGUACGGUUGUGGAAGAUGUGUACAAGCUUGGUCUAUGUCUAUUUGUUGAGGGGGUUCUGAAUGCCAUUGAGGAAAAACUGCACAUUUGGCGAGAUAUUCUAAAAAUUGUUGAGAAUGUAGAGUACUUCUUCAGCUAUCCAUGGGGGAAGUACUCUUAUAGGAGGCUAUUGCAUUCUUGUAAGAAGGACAUGGUGAAGCAAAAGGCCAACUAUGAUGCCAAGAAGGAUGCCAAGGUGCAGCAAGAGUCCAAAUACAGUAUGUAUGGUUAUGCCCCCGCCUUACAGUACUGGGCAUAUGAGGCUAUCCAACAGCUUGCGGUGGAGCUUGUUGUGAGCUCGGGAAACAUGUUCCCGAGGAUGCUUAGCUGGUCGCAUCGGAAGAACAAGGAUUUCACCAAGUCCGUCAUCGCACCGAUAUUAUUGAAGAAGAAUUUAAUUGUUCUUCCGAUGUUGAAGCCUCGGCCAGCAGAAAAAGACUAUUACUUGUCUUUGACUGAGGGAGAUCUUCCCCUUUAUCCUGGGCUUGGCCAGGAUCCCUCGGAGACUGAUGAGGAGGAGGAUGCGACUUUUGAGAAAAUGGCAGAGAAAGUUUCUCAGGCUGCCGAGGCAGCCAAGAUAUUUGUUGAUGCUGCCCCGGGGGAGGAGGUUGCAGGUCCCACCCCUCCUAUUCCCCCAGCCUCAGCCCCAGCCUCAACCUGUGCCCCAACAUCAGCCCCAGCCUCAGCCCCAGCAUCAACCUGUGCCCCAACAUCAGCCCCAGCCUCAGUGUCAGCCCCAACACCAACCCCACCACCAGCCUCAGCCUCAGCCCCUGAGCUGGCCGACUUGAUUGAGCGGUUGGACAGAGUCGAGGGUCGACAGGAGACCCUCUUGAAGAACCAGUCAGUGAUCUUGGACGUACUCAGUCAGAUCCUGACAUUUGUUAAGGAGAAACCGAGGGGGUCCAAUGAAGAUUCAGAGUCAGAGUCAUUGGAUCUUCCGCUAGACUAUGUUGAUGAUCCAACGACGCCCCCUACCAUCAUUGUGACACCAGAUGCUGAGACUCCGGGAGUCGUUAUUGUCAACCCUGAGGAUGUUGCUGGGGUUCAGUUUCAGAGGGCUAGACGCCAAAGACGCAAGCCAGAUUGGUUUGAGGACUAUACGGAUCCCACGAGGAAAAGACCUCGCACUGCUGCAGCUGCACCAGCAGACGAGGCUACACAAGAGGCUACACAUGUGCUGGACCCUCUCAAGAAGCCAGAUCCCAAACAGUAUAGGACAAUGUGCAAGUGGCUUCUUGGAGACAUGCCCAACAAGACCCCGCGAGAUGUAAAGAGUGGGAGUCACGGUCCAGCAUGGUUUCUGACGUUGAAGACACCCCAGUCGUGGCUCAAUGAUGGGCAUAUUGAUGCGGCAGAACACAUGCUUCGUAUGCGUCGCAAGUAUUUUCCCAAUAUAUAUCGACAGAAUGCAGUGUGAUGAACAGUUAUUUCUCACAAGUGAUACCUGCCCGAUAUGAUCAGUUCAAGAAAACAGCCGACAAAACAAAGUAUUAUUGGGAGGUUGACAUUAUGUCCAUGUUGACCGGCAUCGAGCAGCAGUUUCUGGCAUCUUGGGGAGGAGUUGAGGAUGUAUAUUGGUGCCAGAACUAUGGACAACAACAUUGGUUUGCCAUUGAGGCUUCCAUUUCUAGUUGGACUCUGACUGUUUACGAUUCAGACAACUCGGUGAUUAGUGACGCAAAGCUUGAGGAUAUUAUGAGUCCAUGGUGCUUUAUGCUACCUUCUCUGUUAAUGCAGAGUAAACUGUUUACUGAUAGCUUGAUGUUGAAGAUUCCAUCAGCAGGAAAUAGGCCGCAUCAGUUCACAUUGCGUCGCAAACAGAAACACGAGCUCCCUCAGUCAAAGAGAAGGUAACAAACAUCAUCUUCAUACUAAUUUUGUUUCUAACUAAAUUUAUAGUAAUGUGCACUUAAUAUAUAUAUAUAUUUUUACAAUGGGGAUUGUGGUGUGUAUGCUAUCAAGUAUAUUGAGCAUCUAAUGGUCGGUCUUCCAUUGGAAGCUAUCUGCGAUGAAAAUAUGGAGGUGUUCAGGAACAAGUGGACCACAGACUUGUGGUAUCAAAAUUUGUUACCUUGAUGAUUGUAUAUAUACAGGGUCUUUACAUGUACAGUUUGUUGUUCACAUUUUUUUAUAA